ACCCCUUUGAUGAUUUGACAGCCGGAAGUCAGGUUUAGCACAUUAAUUUAGUGUCAAAUAUUUAAUAAACUACUUAUUGCUGAAAAACAGUGAGGAGACAUUGCGAAAAUCAUGGCUUGUCCUGUAAAACUCUUUAUAUUGUUCAUGUUGAAUUUUGUCGUUUCACUUUAUGGGACUGUUUCUGCGAACAAAACAAAUCCUUAUUAUGUUGAAGUUGAACCGCACCAAGAAUUUCCACUUCACAUCAAGGAUAAUGAAGAGCAAACGCUGACAUUCACAUUCAGAAAUUACCAAGGAACCGUAUUUAGAAUUAAGCCAGUCAUAUCGGAGCCGGAUGUAGCAGAUGUGUACAUGAAUGCAUCGGAAAGCUUAGAACCAAAAGAGACAGCAAAUUUUACCGCAAAGGUCAAAGGGUCUUUUUUAGGAAAAACUUUCCUUAGGAUGUUUAUCAACACGACACAGGUUAAGGAACCUGAAAAAUAUGACCAGGGUUAUUCUUAUGAAGGCGAAGAAUGGUACGAAUUACCAGAAAAGUAUGAAAUAACAGUGAGUCGUGUGGAAGGUGCCCUCAGUCAUUCAUUUACUGGAAUGGUGAUUAUUUUAGUGUGCCUCGCAAAUGUUGCUAUGGGUUGUAAGACGGAGCUUUCAGUGGUGAAAGAAGUAUUGAAGAGACCAAUUGGACCAUUGACUGGCAUGUUUUCACAGUUUAUCCUUAUGCCGUUGAUUGCUCUUGGUGUUAUAUUCAUGUUGAAGUUUGACCCUGCUAACGCUCUAGGUUUCUUCGCUAUGGCAUGCUCUCCUGGUGGGUCAGCUAGCAAUGCAUAUUCCUAUCUGCUUGCUGGUGAUGUCUCUCUCAGUGUCACUAUGACAUUGUGCAGUGUUCUUCUUUCUCUUGGGAUGAUUCCACUUUGGCUGUUUACUGUUGGAACAAAGGUGCUAUAUCAGACUGAGGUGCAAAUUCCUUAUGUAAACAUCCUUACCUCCCUUGUUGGUCUAGUUAUACCUGUUGGUAUUGGUAUGGUCAUACAAUGGAAGAAACCAAACUGGUCCAAGUUGAUCAUCAAAGGCCUCCGUCCACUUAUGGUCAUCUUUUUCAUAUUGGUCUUCACUGUUGGUGUCUAUUCAAAUCUGUACAUCUUCACAUUGAUGCGUAACAAGCCAGAAAUUUUACUGGCUGGGGCACUCGUUCCAUACAUCGGAUUUCUGUUUGGCGGAAUGAUGGCUAUCAUUACUAGACAGAGUUGGAAGAGGGUGCGCACCAUCGCCAUUGAGACAGGGAUUCAGAAUACAGGUAUAGCUAUUGUUUUGCUGAAGGUGUCCCUACCACCGCCGGAUAACGAUAUAAGUAUCGUUGCCCCAAUUGCUGCCGCGAUCUUUACACCAAUCCCCAUGCUGGUUGCGAUAAUUUGGUAUGAAAUCUACAAGAGGUUUUACAAGAAGAAAACAAAUGAAAUGUACCUAGACGACCACGAGGGUGAGAGCGAUAUAGAUGCCGGGAAAGAGGGUAUAGACGGAACAUAUCACAAGAACGGAAACGGAGAAAGCAAGAAAUAUAUGGAAUUAAAAGUCAACAAUAACAUGAAUGAAAUUUGAAAAUUUGUCAGGGUUUUUUGUUUUUCAAAAUAGCCAAUAUAUUUUUUUUACUAAAAUUAAAGAGUAUAAAACAAUAUCUAAUAAGAUAUUUAAUGAAUGUUAAAAUUUUGCUAAAAUGAAAUGUAAAGGAACAAAAUGUUAUGCUGCUUUUUUAAGAAGGAUUUAACAAUUUAGCAAUUAUUUCAUGCAUGUACUAUUUGCUCUUGAAGAAAAUACCAUACAUAAUUUCUUUUGACAUUUUUCUUAAAUUAUUCUUGUUCAAAAUUCAAAACACUUAAAGAAGUUGAUAUAUAGCUUGAUACACUUUAAGACUUUGGCCUAAAAUUUGAAACACUUAAUUUUGGGUAGUUGUUUAACAAUUAUUUAAAUUGUGUAUAGAUAGAGCAAAAAAAAGAAUGGUUAUAUUUAAAACCAAUCUCUGAAUUUUAAUGUAAUUGAAGUACAUUAAAUGUAAUGAUUAUCAUGAGCUGUUUGGGAAUACAUGUAGUUUGCUUUAAAACUGUUUGCAUUUUGUACAUAAAACAAUGUUUUUGUUAGUAAAACAACAAAUAUUUGUGUUAAGGAUAUGUUAGAUAAUUUGAAGAUGGCAGUUUUAGGUUAAUUUUGAAUAUUAACAAUAAGAAUGAAAAAUUAAUUUUGAUCUCAAAGACACAUGCCUUUAUUAUACAAAUAAUUUGAAAGCUAUACUUGAAUGUCCUUAUGGUCAGUGAUUUGAAAGCCAUACUUAAAAGUUAUUCAAAACUUACAAAAUCAAAUAUUUAGUUGAUAGAAGAUACUUAUGUUUGCUAUAUUUUUAGAGAAGGUACUUUUAAGUUUUCUAUUUUUUAUAUUAUUAGGUAUAUUUUUUGUUAUAGAUAUUGUUAAUCAGAUUUAUUUGUACAGGUUUUGUUGAUUAUAUACGGAAUAUUAUGUUGUAGUAGCUUUCUGAGGCAUUGUAUUUUGCUACGAGCAGCAGUGGAAAAUUGAUCUUGAGAUAUCAAUUUCUAACAUUGCGAGUGGAAAAAUACAUAGCCUCAGCAUAAUUUUCAUUUUAUUAUAUACCUUUUCAUUUUAUUCAGAAAAUGAAAUGUAGUUGUCAAGAAAUAAAUUCAUGACUGACAGAUGAAUUCGUAAUUCUUGCAAAAUUGGCAACGCCUUUAAUAAUUUUGGUUCCCAUUUCCAAAUGCAAUGUCAUAACAAAGCCAAGAUCGGAACCAACAUCAUAAAUAAUCCUACACUUCCAUAAAUGGUACCGUAUUUGUCACUAACAUAAUACGGAAAUUUCUAUCUGUUGAAGCGUAUUUGGGUCUUCAAGAUUUGCGUGUAUUUUAGGGAGAAAAUGUAUAGGUAUAUAAUAAGAUGACAUUGUGUCUUACAAGAAGUUGAUAUUACAUAUAGAGUUGUAUUUAAAGCCUAGAAAAGUGUUAUUUUGGAACCUGUGGCAAAAAGGAACACUUUCAGUUUGAGUUGUAUGUAACUAGGUAUGAGUUAAAUUUAACUUGGUACCAGUUUAAUGUAACUUGGUAUGAGUUUGAUGUAACUUGGUACAAGUUUAAUGUAACUUGGUACCAGUUUAAUGUAACUUGGUAUGAGUUUAAUGUAACUUGGUAUGAGUUUAUAAUAAUGUAAUUUGGUACAAGUUCAAUAUGUUACUUGGUAUAAGAUAAAUGUUACAAAGUACAAGUUUUAACUUGGUAUGAGUUAAAUGUAAUUUGGUACAAGUUUAAUAUGUAACUUGGUAUGAGAUAAAUGUUACUUAGUACAUCAUUCUUAAUAUAACUUGGUACCAGUUUAAUGUAACUUUAUAAUAGUUCAAUGGAACAUGGGUACAAAGUUCAUGUACCUUGGUACAAGUUAAAUGUAACUUGGUAUCAGUUAGAUGUUAAUAAGUUUGAGUUAAAUGUAACUUGGUAUCAGGUUAAUGUAACAUGGUAACACAUUUUAAUGUUACUUGGUACAUGUUAAAAGUAGCUUGGUACAUGUUAUAUGUAGCUUGGUACCAGUUUCAUGUAACAAAAGUUUAUGUAACUUUGUACAGUCAAGUUAAAUGUAGCUUAGUACAAGUUAAAUUUAACUUCAAACGAGUUAAAUGUUACCGUAUAUGAACGAGUUAAAUGUUACCGUACAUGAACGAGUUAAAUGUUACCGUAUAUGAACGAGUUAAAUGUUACCGUACAUGAACGAGUUAAAUGUUACCGUAUAUGAACGAGUUAAAUGUUACCGUAUAUGAACGAGUUAAAUGUUACCGUAUAUGAACGAGUUAAAUGUUACCGUAUAUGAACGAGUUAAAUGUUACCGUAUAUGAACGAGUUAAAUGUUACCGUAUAUGAACGAGUUAAAUGUUACCGUAUAUGAAAUAAUAACAAAUGUAAUAGAGCUAGUCUUUUCAUCACAUAAUGUUAUUAAGAAAAUAAACCGACAAAAAUGUCUGUUUUACAGGUCCUUUUAACACUUUCAGUGGUAAAGAAAUACAUGAUAGUUAUAAACGUACACAAAUUCAUACAUGAUGAAAUCAAAUGUCAUGCUGUAAAAAACUUUGUACUCAACAUUAUGUAGCAGGGUGAGAUUGGUAUAGUUUUUGUUUAUUCUUUUCUCAGUUCCAUCCUAAGUUAAGUCAAAAGAAUUUGCCUGUAAAUUUGAAAUAACUGGUAGUUACCAAGUAUUAGAAAUAAAUAUGAGCCGUGCCAUGACAAAACAAACAUAGUGCGUUUGCCACCAGCAUGGAUCCAGACCAGCCUGUGCAUCCGCAUCCCUGCUAUUCGCUGUCAGUUUAUCAGUAUCAGUACUUGUAAUAGAGUUGUAAGCGAACAACAUGGAUCCUGAUCAGACUGCGCGGAUGAGGAGGCUAGUCUGGAUCCAUGCUGGUCGCAAACACACUAUGUGGGUUUUGUCAUGGCGCGGCUUUAUGUUGUUUGCUAUUUAGAAAUACUGGCAUUAUUGAGCUGUUCUUACGAGUAUAUAACAAGUUUUCAGGAUAAAAGCAAUAAUGGUCCAAUGAAAAACUUUGUUAAUUGUUGUAAUCUUAUUUUGUUUAAUUUUUUUCUUUGCUGCCACAAAUCAUUAUUUUUUAGCUCACCUGUCACAAAGUGACAGGGUGAGCUUUUGUGAUCGCUUUUCGUCCGGCGUCCGUCGUCCGUCCGUCGUCCGUCCGUCGUCCGUCGUCCGUAAACUUUUACUUUAAAUGACAUCUCCUCAUAAACCACAAGGCCAAUUUCAUCCAAACUUCACAGGAAUGUUCCUUUGGUGGUCACCUUUAAAAAUUGUUCAAAGAAUUUAAUUCCAUGCAGAACUCUGGUUGCCAUGGCAACCGAAAGAAAAAACUUUAAAUAUCUUCUUUUAAAAAACCAUAAGAGCUAGAGCUUAGAUAUUUGGCAUGAAACAUCUUCUAGUGAGUGUCUACCAAGUUUGUUCAAAUAAAAGCCCUGGGGUCAAAAUUGGCCCCGCCCCGGGGGGUCAUUGAUUUUCCCUAUAUGCAUAUAGUGAAAACUUAACAAAUCUUCUUUUAAAGAACUCAAAGAGCUAUGGCUAAGAUAUUGAGCAUCAAACAUGUUCUAAUAGGUGUUUAUCAAGUUUGUUCAAAGAAAAGCCCUGGGGUCAAAAUUGGCCCCGCCCCAGGGGGUCAUUGAUUUUCCCUAUAUGCAUAUAGUAAAAACUUAAAAAAUCUUCUUUUAAAGAACCAAAAGAGUUAGAGCUAAGAUAUUUAGCAUGAAACAUGUUCUAAUAAGUGUCUACCAAGUUUGUUCAAAUAAAAGCCCUGGGGUCAAAAUUGACCCCGCCCGGGGGGGUCAUUGAUUUUUCCCUAUAUAUGCAUAUAGUAAAAACUUAAAAAUCUUCUUUAAAAGAACUCAAAGAGCUAUGGUUAAGAUAUUUAGCAACAAACAUGUUCUAAUAGGUGUCUACCAAGUUUGUUCAAAUAAAAGCCCUGGGGUUAAAAUUGGCCCCGCCCCGGGGGUCAUUGAUUUUCCUUAUAUGUGUAUAGCAAAAACUUAAAAACUCUUUUUUGAAAAAACCCAAAUAGCUAUGGUUAAGAUAUUAAGCAUGAAACAUCUUUUAGUGAGUGUCUACAAAGUUUGUUCAAAUAAAAGACCUGGGGUCAAAAUUGGCCCUGCCCCGGGGUCAUUGAUUUUCCUUAUAUGUGUAUAGCAAAAACUUAAAAUCUUCUUUGAAAAAACCCAAAUAGCUAGAGUUUAGAUAUUAAGCAUGAAACAUAUUCUAGUAAGUGUCUACAAAGUUUGUUCAAAUAAAAACCCUGGGGUCAUAACUGGCCCGGCCCCAGGCGUGUCAUUGUUUUUAACUAUAUGUGUAUAGUAAAAACUUUAAAAAAAUCUUCUUUUAAAUAGCCCAAUGAGCUAGAGCUUAGAUGUUUAGCAUGAAACAUUUUCUUAUGGGUGUCUACCAAGUUUGUGCAAAUAAAAGCCCUUUGGUUAAAUUGGCCCUGCAAUGUUGGGGGGGGGGGGGGGGGUUGGGGCGGCCUAUAUACAGGUGAGCGACCUCAGGGCCAUCAUGGCCCUCUUGUUGUGUUUAACUGUUGUUGUUUUUUUCUCAAUUUCAAAGUGUAUAAGCAGGUCAACUUAAUUACUCUAAAAUACUCCAUGUUAUUUAUAUCGUGAUGAAAUCAGAACUACAAUGUACAUAUGUAUUUAAACAUUUCAUGUUGAAAUAUCUGAAGAAGAUUUUUUGUUUUUAUCAAAUCAAAUGAAAAAAAAAUUAAGGUUGUAAAUUAAAUUUUUUACAAAUUCGUUAAUUUUGUGCUUUUAUUUUACAAUUUCAAAGGAAAAUACAUGUAACAUGAAAACUUAAUAGUUUCAUGAAAAUUCAUGUGUUGUCUUUCACAAAUCAAAAAGGCCCGGGCCUCUUCACAGUUUUAGAGGAAGAAUUGCCCAGAUUAAUGAAAGGAGUCUUUUAAUUGUUGUCCCUUUUGAUGAUUGUUUUAAGUGAUAUACCUUUAUACCUUGAUACUUUUUUAACAAACGUUUCAAGUGACUGUAACUAUGUUCAAACUGCCUGAUAAAGAUCUGAAUUUACAUACAUAAUGAUGAUAGUUAAACUGUUUUACAUAUAUUUUGAUAUUUACACUACUUAUUAAAUCAGCAUUUUAUUUCAUACAUAGUUCUCAUCCAUUUUUUUGUUUUCACUCUUUAGUCAUGAUACCUUAAAAGCAGCUGAGAUAUCUCUGAUUUACAUUUUGUAUUUCUAACUUUUUAUAGUAUUAUUAUUAUUUUCCUAUAUUCAAAACAACCUUUUUCAUGAUGUUCUUUUUUGUUUUCCUUCUCCUAUGUUUUCCUUCUCCUAUUGAUUUUUAUAAACCAAAAUGAGCCAUGUCAUGACAAAACCAACAUAAUGGGUUUGCGACCAGCAUGGAUCCAGACCAGCCUGCGCAUCUGUGCAGUCUGAUCAGGAUCCAUGCUGUUCGCUAUCAGAAUCUCUACUUGUAAUAGGGUUUGUAAGCGAACAGCAUGGAUCCUGAUCAGACUGCGCAGAUGCGCAGGCUGGUCUUGAUCCAUGCUGGUCGCAAACGCAUUACGUUGGUUUUGUCGUGACGCGGCUCAAAUAAAUGUUUGAAUUUUAGUGUUCAUAAAGAGAUUGCAUAGAGUUAUGCUAAGAUGGCAUCUAGUUCACACAAAGAUGGUAAAAAGUUCAUGCAAUUUUAUGGCAUCAAGGUUUUGCAAAUGUGACAGUUUUAUUUCAAAGAUUGCUUAAAAUUUGUGCAAAGAUGGCAAAAAGUGGCUGCACAUGGCAAAAAGUGGCUACACAAUGUGCCUGUCUUUACCAUGAGCUCUGCAAUCAAUUAGUUCAUGGAAGAUAAGUUGUUUUUCUCUUUUUCCUAAAAUAAUUAAGGCAUGAUACGGACGCCUUUGGCCCUAUUCCACUAAAGAAAGUUUAAAAGAUUGGAUAACUGCAUGGUAUAUACAUGUAUGUACAUACAAUUACGACACCGGGUCACGGAAGUAUGAUAGUUCUUACUGUUUGCAUGUACUUCCAAAUACCGCUACGGCAAUUAAAUUAGUAACGAUUAAAGCAUUUUUUUCACACAUUUAAACGCAUUCAAAGGUUGUUUGAACACUCGGCUGUGUUAUUAACAAGGUGUCAAAAUAAUCGAAGGACUUCGACUUAUUUGUGGGAAAUUGUACUAGAUUUAUUCUAUAAGGACCACGAAAAAACUUCGACACAUCGAAAAAUUCGACACAUAAAAUCUCGACUCAUAAAUAGGUUUUUAUUUGAAAUAUAUAAGAGAAAAAAUCGGGACUUUCAUUUUACUUCGACACAUCGAAAAAAUCGACUAAUCGAAGUUCGACUCAUAGAAGUUCUACUGUAUAUAAAUAUGUUCUACAUGAUUACAUUGUUUUAUAAUACUGAUUAUGUCGUGUAUAGAACAUGAUGUUAAAGGUUCUAUAUUUAAAAAAAAAUUGUUUGAAGAGGUCAUGUUUAAAAACAUGUGUUAGUUAUAUUACUUUUUUACUUGUUAAAAAUGUUUCACUUGUUAAUUUGUUCAAAUGUAUAUGGUUGUAAUUGGGACUAAUCCCGGUGGGUAUUGCAUCUUCUCGGACACCAGGGUUUGUCAGAACAUGGUACUAAAUUUGCAUACAUAGUGCGGGAUUAGUGCCACCUACAAACAUGGUAUAUUGUUCAUAAAUCAUUGAUUAAAAACUUGACUGUUAUUUAACCACUAAAAUAAUGGUAAUAAGUCUUUUUUUGCUGGUUAUUACAAUUUCUUAAAUAAAAUUAAAUUUCUACAGUACCCAUGGGGACAGUCUGACAUCAGUUGUUGAAAUGGUAUAUAUACAAGACAAGGUUGUUACAUACAGGGUAUCAUUUACAAAUUGUGAGUAAUAUCUACAAGUUACACUGCCUAUUUCCAACAUUGAUUUCUAUGUUAAAUGUAGGUAUAGUUUUUUCAUGCAGUUUUUGCAUCCAUUGAACUUUUCCAGAACUGAAUUUUGAAGUGAUCUUUAUUGAAAUGAUUGCUUCGAUAAAAGUAUUAAAAAAUAAGCAGCCAAUUAUGCUACGUGUCAGUUCAGGGAUACUUAGCGUUAGACCAGGUAAGACCCUGGAUAUAGUUAUUUUAGAAAAUCAGCGAAAAAAUGAUUGUUUUAAUGUGAAUAUUGAAUUUAAAUAAGUUAAAUAAUUAAUACCGUGCUGUAUUUGUGUCAAGAAGUAAAAAGUAUCCGAGAUUUGAUAAGGAGCAAGUUGGGGAUGGGCUGGGGGUGAAAGCUGUAUGGUCUGCCACCCAACCCCAAUUACUCCAAUGUUAAUGUGUAAGACUAGUCUAGAAGUGCUGGUUGAUCAUUGGUUAGUCCAGUAUACAGUAAUGUACAGGUUAAUCUGUAUGAGUUGUCAUAGUUUUAUGUUUUAAGAUUAUCCUAGUCAUCUACAAUACAGAUAAACCUGUAUCACUUUUAUAAAGUGUUAUACAUACAUGUAUUUGAAUAACAUUUAUGUACUGGUAUAUAUUUUUAUGUACAGUGCAACCCUGUGAAGAGCAACACCCCUGAGAAAGACUAAUACUUUGGUUGUUGCCGAGAGGUGUUGCCAUAGAGAGGUUGUACUGUACAUGAAAAUAUAUAUAAAUGUUAUUUGGAGCAGGAUCUUUCAAAUAGUAAUUUUGAAAUUUGAAAGACCCUGUUUGGAGGCAUGUUAUUUGGACGUGUUACUUUUGGAAGACUUUGUACUGUUGUUGUAUAGAAGUUAUUGUUCUCCUGAGGGGCUGCUUUGCAGACUGAGUGUAUUUUAUUUUUACUGUUAUUAAGCAUUAUUGUAUAUAGUUUAUAACUAUAUGGUCUAGUUAAAACUGAAUUCUUUUUAUUUGUUUAACACAAAGUCAAGGGUGCCAAUAUUAAUAAAUUUCUGCACAUUUACAUAAACAGCCUUUAUUUUUUGACUGAUGUAUUUUAUAUUUGAUAGGAUGAUAACUUGCAUCCUUUUGACUUUAUUUUGUAAAACAAACACAAUUUUCAAAUACUCAGGCUGUGAAUAAUGGGACAGCAUUUAAAGAAAAUAAUGACAACAUUCACUUAUUGUUAGGGCAGAUAUAAGCUCUGGGGUGUGCAUUUGGCACUUUAAUUCUUCUAUACUACAUUACAAUGUAUAAUUAUGUACAAUUCGUAGAUGGUCAUGUAUAUCUUACAAUAAAGAUAUAAAUGUACAUGUAUUAUUUAAUUAUAGAGAUAUAUUAAACUUUGUUCUCUCAUGGUAUAAUGCAUACAGUUUAGGUGCCUCUUGGGUCUUUCACUGUUAGUAUAGUCUUGAAUGAGGCCAUGCGGUCAUAAUAGUGCUUGUAAAAUAGUUUAACCUUUUACCACCAUAUAUGUAAAAUGGUUUUACCCAGUUUUGAAUUAGGAACAGUCCAUUCAAAGUCAAAGGGAUUUCAAAAGCAAAAUACAAAAAUCGAGGUAACAGCAUUAUAAAGCCUGGUCAGACUGCAGUAGGGCCUACAGGUUAGUUUGGCUCUUAAAUGCAAUUGCGGCAUUCCAUAUCCGGAGAUUGACGGAAAGGGCCGAGAAUAUGCGAUUGCUCUUUAAUGGCGGCAAAUGCUACUCAUUUCCGGUUCCAACCAUACUUUAUAAUAAUUAUGUUAAUUUAAGACAAUUAACAGUUCCCACUACUGGUGAUAUUGAUUAUAAUUAAGUCGUUUGUAGAAUCAUGUAUUCUGUAUUUUUUGCAGUGCCCGACGAAUACGAGGUUACUUAAAGUUACUUACAUUUGACUUUGUAUAUAAUAUUCUGAAAACCUGUUGUAUCUGGAAUUAAAAGUAAUGAUGAAAA